AGCUGACGGGCCUCUGUUUGCUCUGAUGAUGCAAUCGCCAAGUUGGUAAAAGAGCGGCCCGUGGCGUUCGGCCCCUUCCGAGGGCCGGGUGCUCGGCGUGCGCGGCGCCGGGAGCAGAAUGCCACGGACCGAGAGCAGAAAAGACGGCUCCGGGGACGGCAUCAGCACCGUCUCUGGCAGCAGGAACCCUCUGCAGCCCCUGGACGCCUCCUCGGAGGAGCCCUUCACCACCUACUUCGACAGCAAAAUCCCCAUCCCCGAGGAUGAGGCGCACUCGUGCUUCAGCUUCCGCAAGCUCUGGGCUUUCACCGGGCCGGGCUUCCUGAUGAGUAUCGCCUACCUGGACCCGGGCAACAUCGAGUCGGAUUUGCAGUCUGGGGCCGUCGCAGGAUUUAAGCUGCUGUGGGUGCUGCUGCUGGCGACGGUGAUCGGGCUGCUCCUGCAGCGGCUGGCCGCGCGCCUCGGCGUGGUGACGGGGCUGCAUCUCGCCGAGGUCUGCCACCGGCAGUACCAGAAGGUUCCGCGGAUCAUCCUGUGGCUCAUGGUCGAGCUCGUCAUCAUCGGCUCCGACAUGCAAGAAGUCAUCGGCUCGGCGAUUGCCAUCAACCUCCUGUCCAUGGGGAAGAUCCCGCUGUGGGGCGGCGUGCUCAUCACCAUCGCUGACACCUUUGUGUUCCUCUUCCUGGACAAAUACGGUUUGCGGAAGCUGGAGGCGUUCUUUGGCCUUCUGAUCACCAUCAUGGCGCUGACGUUCGGAUACGAGUACAUCACAGUGAAACCCGACCAGAAGAAGCUGCUGAAGGGGCUCUUCGUCCCCUACUGCCAGAACUGCGGCACGCCGCAGCUGCUGCAAGCCGUGGGCAUCGUGGGCGCCGUCAUCAUGCCCCACAACAUGUACCUGCACUCUGCCCUGGUCAAGUCCCGGCAAGUGAACCGUGCAAACAAGAAGGAGGUCCAGGAGGCUAACAAGUACUUCUUCAUCGAGUCCUGCAUAGCCCUCUUUGUCUCCUUCAUCAUCAACGUCUUCGUGGUGACCGUCUUUGCCGAGGCUUUCUUUAACAAGACGAAUGCGGAUGUGCACGAGGUCUGCGCCAACACCAGCAGCCCCCUGUCCUCCCUCUUCCCCAACAACAACGAGACGCUGGAGGUGGACAUCUACAAAGGGGGCGUCGUUUUGGGCUGUUACUUCGGCCCCGCCGCUCUCUAUAUCUGGGCAAUCGGGAUCCUCGCUGCAGGCCAGAGCUCAACCAUGACGGGGACGUACUCGGGCCAGUUUGUCAUGGAGGGCUUCCUCAAUCUGCGCUGGUCCCGCUUCGCCCGGGUGCUGCUGACCCGCUCCAUCGCCAUCACCCCCACCCUCUUCGUGGCCAUCUUUCAGGAUGUCGAGCACCUGACGGGCAUGAACGACUUCUUAAACGUCCUCAUGAGCCUCCAGCUUCCUUUCGCUUUGAUCCCGGUCCUGACGUUCACCAGCCUGCCCAGUGUCAUGAAUGACUUUGCCAAUGGACUGUUCUGGAAGAUCGGCGGCGGAGUGGUGAUCCUUCUCAUCUGCAGCAUCAACAUGUACUUCGUGGUGGCCUACGUCAGGACUCUGAACCAUCUGGGUGUGUACAUCGCGGCGGCGCUUCUCAGCGUGGCCUACCUGUCCUUCGUCACCUAUUUGACCUGGCUGUGCCUGAUCGCUCUGGGCGUCUCCUUCCUGGCCUGCGGGAAAACGCAGCAGCUGGGCUUCGCCAUGCGCCCCGAGCUCUUCCUCCUCAACAACGUCGACGCGGACUCGGUCGUGGCUCGAUGACGCCGACAGCGCAGCCAUUACCGGAGACCUCUGGUGCUGCAGGAACCCCCCCGGCAGCCGGGCUCGGCGCAGGACCGGGCAGGAUGGGGGACGGGGAGCAGAGCCCAGGCUUUGCCCCGGGGAGCUCUGCGGGGCCGGCUCCAAGCACCCAGGAAGCUCCACUUGAAGGCAUCGCCGCCGGUGGGGUCGGCGUCGUGCUUUUAGGUACCUCCAAAGUUUUUAUAUUUAA